CAUUGUUGAUAAAUAAACGCGAGUACGAAAUAAAAACUCGGCAAGCAGCUUGCCCUACCGUGUUCGAAAGGUUUUUGUACUGUGAAAGUCUUUUCAGGUUAAAAAACAUGUCUGCAGCAUUCAAGUUGGCUAAAAAGAAAUACUCGCAGCAAGAUCUGCGGCGUAUAAUGAGCGAAACGAAGGCGUCCAAGCAGCAACAACAAUCGGACGGCGAAUCGAACCGAAUUGAUUCACCCCUAGCAAAGUAUAACGAUGCAGGUCAGCUUAUGUGCGUCCUUUGCCGGUCGGUAGUGAGGUCUGCAGCGGUAUGGAAAGUACAUCUAAACUCGAAGCAACACAAAGAAAACGUUGAACUAGCCAAGAAACUAAAGGAAGGUUCUGCAGCCAAAGUAUCGGAGUCUUCAAAAACCAGCCUUGCGCCCCAAUCUCAUUUGAAGCGAGCCGGAACUGAACAAAGCACCGCCGAAAGUGUGCCAGUAAAAAAAAUUAAAGGAAUAUUGAAGAAUUCAGCUCAGCCGGAAGUGACACAGAACGGAUUGCCGGAUGACUUUUUUGACAGUGGCACGGGGAAUUCCGCUAAUUCCACUCCCUCCUCCAUACGUAAGGAUCUCGUCAACAUCCGACUUCCCGACAGGCACCGUGAACAACAGAAUGCCGAAUCGAUGGAUGUUGAAGAAACGGCACCUGAUGCGAGUGGAUCUAUGUUACCAACAGAUGAAGAGAAACUGCCGGAAGGAUUUUUCGAUGAUCCCAAGAUGGAUGCCAAAGCGCGCAAUCAGGAAUACAAAGACCCGAACGAUGAGGAAUGGGAAAAGUUUCAGAAAGAAAUAAAGGAAGCGACAAACGUGUCCAUGGCUAUCAUCAGUGAAGAGCAGGAGGAAUCUACGGCCGAGCGGCAAAUAGCGGAGAUCGAUGAACAAAUUCGCAAUUGGUCCCGGGUGUUGGAUCUGGAGAAAAAGAAGGAACAAGUUAAAACGAUGAAGGGAUCUAUGGUAUCCGAAGGUGGCACGGAUCAUCCCGCAAACACCGGCCAAUCGAUUAAACUAUCAGCCGAGGAAGAUGAGCGGGAAGAUGACGAUGAUGAUGAAGAGUUUGAUGAGUUCUUAGAUUGGAGAGCGAAGAAAUCAUUCAAAUAGAGUAGUGAUAGAAUAGGUGAAACCAGAA